CAGGAGGUAUGAAAAUUGCCAGGACAUUCGCAGGUUAUUUUCAAAAUUAUGCUACAUGUACAAAUUUAAGCCUAAACAUCUUAUGAAACACUUUUUACCGCCUCAGUAAAAUAAUAUUGCCUUAAUAAAUCAUAUCGCGACUUACAUAAAUCGCGCCAAAAAAGAAGCUGAAGAAAAUAAUGUGGCAAUAUCUUCUUUAAUAUACAUUAAAGUGCAAAAGCAAGCAACUUCUCCCGAACAUGUGGCUACGAUUCCACCGGCAGUAGAUGUAGUAGCAGCGGCAGCAAACUUGAAUCAGCUGCCCAGCUGCGCUUAUUAUUUCAUGAACUGUCCUCCUCUCCCCUCUUCCAUUCCAUCUACUUCCCCCCUCGUGACAGCCCCCUAACGCGUGCUUUGCAUCCCCUCCCCACAUCACCGAACUCUAGAGAGUUUAGACACCAGAUUCAGUACCGCGUGUUCGCUGGAGAUGGCUAGUCAAUACGCUUUGCGUGCGACACAGGCCAAGCAUUAAGAAUCUGUUCAUUCGGAAGUAACAAUAUACCAUAUGUGAAUCUCAUUUUGGUGAGCAAACUCAUGAGGUAUAUGCUCUGUGGAAUUUCCUGCAACAGUGACUGCGAAGCGAAUUUCUAGUAAAUAAUAAUGGUUAGAACGUGUAAUAAUAACCCAUUUCUUAAUCUGAAACCUCUGCCUUUGUUUACCUGCACAGUGUGCAUUUGUCUUAAAAAAUACACAGUGAACGUGCAUUCUUAAAAACUACAUUGAUUGUGCCAUUGAUGACGACAUUCUCCAAUUAAGCGCCAGGCGGUGUGUCAUCUGAAAACUGAUAGUCGUUUCCUGCUAUUCCUGUCCCAAAAUAACUUUUUGUGAGAUUUGAAAUGAAUUAUAAACUGUUAUGAAAAAUCAUUUGUCGAGGAAUCUGGUAAGACUGAAUAGUCAGUUUUGCCAUUUUUGACUGGAACUUAUUACUUGCGAACCAAAAUGCAACUUUGCCAGGAAAAUGAUUCUACAAGGAAAAGAAUGAGGAAAAAAAUGCAAUUUUUUGUAAAGUAGCUUCAUGCCAUUCUGUAGGAUAUUUGUUAUUUUAAGGACAAACAAACUUAAGGUGCAAUAUGAACACUCUUAUAACGUCUGCUCCGAGGUCUUUUUUCUCCCAUCAGCUGAUGAGUCCAUCUGCUGCAAUUUAUGCAGAUGUGACAUCAGUUGAUGUGGUGAGGAUGCCAGAGUCACCAAGCGCGGUGAAACAGCAACUGGCGGCGCCAUCUAGUGGCAGAAGCUCCGCUCCCAUUUCUUCUCACAAAAUUAGCUCAGGUAUGAACGGGGCUCAUUCGCCCCAUUCAAGCACUCCGUCGGGACGGACUCCUUCACCUCCUGGAGUUGCUACAUCUGUGGUAACGCUACCAGUUGCAGCCCCUCCAGUAAACGGCCCGCCUGACUUGGGAAUAGGAGUCAACGUUCGACCCCUUAGCAAGCUGAAACGAUUCUUGACAACUCUGCAACAGUUCGGAGCAGAUAUAUCGCCGGAAACGGGAGAGCGAAUGCAUGGGCUUAUACUUGGGCUAGUGAGUUCUACUUUACCAAUCGAAGAAUUCCAUCAGAAAGUUCAAGAUCUAACAAAUUAUCCUUUAAGACCAUUUGUCGUCCCAUUCCUGAAGUCCAACCUGCCAUUACUGCAUGCAGAACUUCUCCAUUUCGCUCGAUUGGCCAAGCAGACGCCUCAGCAAUAUAUCAGGCAACAUGAGCAGCUAAUCAUAGAACCAGGCUCCCAUGCCAGUGGAGAGGCCUUCGAAAUUUUCCAAACGGAUGCCAAAGAAAAUCUUAAAAGGAGAACCCCACCGGAAACACGUUCCAGAGAGAAUGGCUACUCAGACAACAGCUCAGAUGGGCCUCCGCCUGCCAAAAGACAGCAGACUCUGCCUAGCCCCACACUCGGGGCACGAAUAAGUCCCGCGGGUGCUCCCAAUCACCUGCCUCCUAGUCUCAACUUCAGAUUUGAAGAAGGUCUGUACAGGGACAGAGAAAGAGAUAGGUACGAGAGGUAUGAUCGAUACGACAGAGAGUUGUGCCGGCCAUAUUACAGUUCUGUCCAUCGUGAUUUUCCAGAUGACAGAGAUAUGGAAGACGAGUGGAAGAAUAUACACACGAUGCUCAAUUGCAUUCUUGGCAUGGUGGAGAAAACUAAACGGGCUCUUGCAAUCUUACAACACAGAAGCUACUCUGACAGGCAGGAUGUCGCCCUCUGGCGAAGUCGACACCUGGACGGGACAGAAUUCGAUAUCAAAAAGAGAGCUGCCGACAUCUUACCUCAUUACAAAGCCAGUGAAGAAGUCAGGCGAAGGCCGGUAUCUGAAGGACUAGUGGCACAAAGGCAACCCCCGCUGCUGCCAUUGCCAGAAGACGCAGUACACGAAGUGAAGCGACAAGCUGUUGCAGAACUGCAAAAAGCAGUUACAGCUGCAGAGAACAAAGCUAGUGAACUUCUGGCUGCAGAAAGGGCAAAGAUGGAACGCAUGCUUUCUGAAGCUCGCAGACAAGCCGCUGAAGAAACAAUGGCUGCAAUAAACCAUCAAGAUGAGUCUACAGAGAGUUGCUGGAAUUGUGGAAGGAAAGCUAACGAAACUUGCUCUGGGUGUAACAUUGCCAGGUACUGCGGUGCUUUCUGUCAGCACAAAGACUGGGAAAAUCAUCACCGAGCCUGCGGAGCGACAUCCUCCAGCAAUCAUGCAUCUCCAUCAUCGACACCCCCCGUGAGCAAACAGAGCCCUAACCCCCCCGCGAGGACGAUUGCCGUCGAUGGCCCAAAAGCUGAAGUCAAAAAUUGACCGAAGUUACGCUCGUCUUCAUUUUUUGCUCGCACCAAAGAAUAGUUCCGUCACCAGGGGGCGCUGGUUGUUCGCUGCUCGUCUUGUUUAGCUGUGCGAAAAGUGCAAAGCAAUUCAAAAGCUGUAAUUCACUAAUUUUAUGGGCUAUGAAAAACUGUUCUUGUAAUUUAAAUUUCACAUUACAAACUGGAAUGCAGUCUGCUGUAAAUUUCGUGCAAAUAAUGAGGUAUUUUGUUAAGAAAUGUUUUAUUCUGUGUCUAAAGUUCCUAUCCUGGUUAAUUUUUAAAGCAAAUACGUUUUCAUGGCUUUAAACAGUUAUUUAGCUACGGUGAAAAAGAUCAAAUUGGAUCAACAUGGCAUUAAUUUGAAAACAUUUAUAGAAAGGAAUUUCAGAAAAAUUCUCUAAAUAUCAACAGACCAAAUACAUCAUUAGGUUUGUAUUUCUGGCAGUUAUCUGGAAUUUUUUAUAUUUUAUUCGUAUCUUGAAUAUGCAAUACACUUUUAAGGUCUAGCUACUUUUUUGAAAUCGUUGAUGUGUAUUUAAUUCUUUGCAAACUUUAUCUCUGUGAGAUUAUUUUUAUCGUUUCAAUGUAAUAUCAUCCUUUACGUUGUACAGAAAUUGGAGUAUACUGCAUAAAUAUUACAGCUUUUGAACAUAUGCCCACCUAUAAACUAAACCAAGCUCACACCAAAGGAAACAGUUGGCAAUGCUGUGUGUUCAAACAUGGGCACAAAGCGGAAAAAGCAAAAUCAAAGAAUAGUAAUAUAAAAUAUCUGAACGUUUGUGUGGAGGGAAAACAAUAAAACUUUAUUGACUCUUCAUGAGCGCUUGUAUAAAGUGGACCUGUGAGAUUAAGAAACAGGAGAGAAUCGGUGUCAAUUUUUGCUGUUGAAAAUAAUUAUGCAAGUGUUGAUGUGUUUUGUGCUACCUUUUUGCUGCUAGUCAAGAAAGAUAAUUACAUAUGAUCAUUUUGAAGCCUCGGUGUUUUGUAAAACUUCAGUGAUGAUGUUAGUAGUAUUACAGAAAUGAUACAAUGGCUAAUUUCCUUGCUCAGUGAUUGUAAUGUUUGAGUUCGUUAUUAUGCAUAUUUUAUCAAAUAUAUAUAUAUAUGCAAUAUAUAAUAUAGAGGCAGAAGACUAUUCAAAAUCCAUUAUUUCUUGGCAUCAGAGAAAUUUAAUUUAUUAGUUAUAGUAAUAUUUAUGAAUUUUUUUUUGUAAUUUGUAAAUUAAAUUUUUAGUUAAAAUGUAAACAAACUUGUUUAUAUUGCAAUAUCCUGUGUCAUAAAAACAAAUGUAUUUCUCUCUAUUCAUAGUAAGUAUCAGUUUAAAAUAAGAACUAAAAUAAUAUGUUUUUCGAAUAGAUAUUUAAAUUAAAUUUUUAAGGUAAAAUUUUCAUAACCUGGAUUUUAAGCUGUAAGAACCUUGGCCUAAGUAAACAAUGUAAUAUCCCAAAACUCCAGAGGGUUUGAAUUUGUUCAUGUUUACAGAUAGUGUGGCAGAUAUGAAUUAGAAGUAGACCCGCAGAAGGUAUUAUCCAUAUACGUAUAGGAUUAAAUACGCUAAUUCAAUAAGUAAAUUGCUUUAGUUUUGAAAAUGCAUUACAAAAUUAGUAUCAGAUAAUUUUAUUGUUCUUUGAAAAUUUCAAGAAAACUGCAGUCCUUAUUUGAUUAAUAAUCUCAGUCACCUUCUGGACUAGAAAAUAAUUUAAGUAACUUGAUGCUUAUAUAAUUUGUAAUAUAUUUUCUUAUGUAAUAGUCCAAUCAGCAAUAUUAUUCUGUUGAUAUUGCAUUGGAGUUUGUUUGCAUUUUAACUAUAAUUUUAAAUUAAUUAUGGAAUAACAUUUUUGAAAUUCCAAUAUGUAAAAAUCUGAAGUUUGCUUUCAAAAUAUGUGCUAAAAUAUUAUACAGCUUUUUCAUUUGAAUUUGUUCUAGAAAUAUUACUUACUCAUUUAUGAAUGAUUAUCGUAUUUCUUGUUUCAUAUACUAAUUUGAAAAAAAAAAAAAAAAAAAAAAAAAAAAAAAAACAGUAAAAUAAAUCUAAAAGCACAGAACAAACACUGAACAAUCAACAGUAUAACAUUGUUAACUCAAUGUAACUGUUGUGAUUAAACAUUAAUGUAAAACCCCAUGAGGUAUAAAAAGCUUCUUUGAUUUGACUACAAUAAGUAAAUAUUAAAGAAAAUAUUUACACAUACAUGUACGUUUUACAUUGUACUUACGUGGAAUAUGUAGAAUGUGAACCGACUAUCAUCUUUUCAUUUCUAUAUUAAAGGAAACUGCAAAUUUAGCAACGUAUGAAAAUAAGAUCAGAAUUUAUAAUUAAAGCACAUACAGUUUUAUUGAUUUUUGGCAGCUAGUAAUGGAAAAGCUGUAUAUAUUUAGAAAAUAUUAUUUUAGGGAGAACAUAUAUGUCAUAAGAAAAAAUGUUUCAAUCAGAAGCAUUGCAAAUGUAAAUUGUAAGUCAAAAAUUGCACUUUUGUUUUGUAUUGUUUUGUAAUUGAUAUCUGAAAAUUAAUUUAUUAAUAUAUAUUGUAACCGGUGCUGCACUAAAUAUGAACAUAAAAUUAGUUGCAAAGCAGUAUUAAGUAAUAAAGUAAUUUAUAAUUGGAUGGGUUCACUAGUCAUAUGGACGCAAAACUGCCAAGAACUAUAUUAUACUUUAAUAUUGUACAGGUAUGUAAAUUUGCAAUUUUUACUCUGAUGCAAUCAAAAUGGGCUAACAUAAAGGUACAUUUCACAUUCUUUUAUAACACGUCGUUUUAUCCGAAAUUUGCCGACAUGUGAAGUUACGUUAUUCUGAGUUUUAUGAAAGCAUAUUUCUACUGGCUCAGUAAAAAUUUGAAAGUUGCAGAGAUCUAGAUCUUAAGUUCUAUGUAAUUUAAUUCAGUUUCGUACUUCUUUAUAUCUCAUUGAUAAGUUUCUAUAUAUUUUGAAAUAAUCCUAUAAAAUUCUUAACUAAAAAAAUUGAAAUGAAUUAUUUUCAGUAUAUCACACAUUUUUACGAUAAAUGAGUCAAAUACCUGUUGCAUCGAAUACAUCUACAUCUUUCUAUAUAUAUAUUAUAAACAAUUUUAAAUGAAAGAUUAAUAUGAACACAGAGUAUCUAUGAAAAUUUCAGUUUCAUUUUGUCGAAGUAAUUUAAAACUUGUUCUUGAGAAAAAUCGUUACAGUGUUAAAACCUCGGUAAUUUAACUAAAGAUCUGAAAAGAGAUAAUUUCCGCUUAUGCAUUUUUUUAAGAAUGAAUGCAACAUGAAGACCAUGUUAAAAAUAAAAUUGUAAUUUAUCAAAUAAUUAAAAACGAGAAACUUAAUAAACACUAUUGUAACAACAAAAAUCAAUGAUAGGCCAUUCCAUGGAUUAUGAUUGGUUACUUCAAUAAACAUUUAAUGAUUUAAUAUCAUGAAAUAAUGAAUGCAUACUACCAAUAUACUUAAACAGAAGAUUCUUCAAAUUCUAUAAAUAUGUUAUUUUAUUCAAGAAAAAUAAUUCCAGCUUAAAUUUAUGUUAAUGUAUUUACUAAUGCAAUAAUUUGUAGUCUCUAUGACUACAUUCAUUGAAUAAGUUAAUAUUACCUUAGGUCAGAAUAGUUAAUAUCGUUUUAGGUAAGUUUAAUUGCGUUGCAUAAAUUACGUCAAUAUUUUAGAUAAAUAAUAUACAAAACUGAGCUUUCGUCUUUCAUGUAAGAUAUUCUAUGAAAGUAAGCUAUAAUGUUUUUGUAAGAUCUUAAGAAAACACAAGUUUCGAAAUUAUUUUGAAAAAUGAAUGAAUGUUAUUAAAAAAGAAUUUUCAGAUUUCAUUCUUGUAAAAGUUGAUUCAUUAAGUUGUUUUAAAUAUUUUAGGUCAAGUGUUUUUUCCUUUCUCUUUAUCAUUAUUUAUUAUACAUUUAAAGUUACUUAUUACGUUCACCUAGUCACUAUUUUUAUGAGUAUUUAUGAAUUUCUUAUGUUAUGGAAUGGAAAUGUGAAAUGUACCUUUUUUUAUCUUUCACUGCAAUUAUUCACAUGUAAUAUAAAUUUAGCACAUCUGUCCAGUAACUUCACAAAGAAACCUCACUUACGUGUAAUAUAAUUAUCAUUCAGUUUUAAUGUUUAUUCAUUUUCACAUUUGUUGAAAUUUUCAGAGCAAAUAUUUUACAAAUAAAAGAGUUUUUGCAAAGCUACGAGAAGAAAACAUUCCCCUAUAAAUUAGCUACAUUAAACAGCUUAUUAUUUUAUAAACAAUUAAUAGAUUAGUUUAAUAUUUUUAUUUAAAGCUAAAAAUAAUCCCAAUUCUAAAUAUUGAUUCGAAAAAAUGUAAACUGUGUUAACAUUUCAAUAUUCGAUGAUUGAUUUCUUUGAAAUAAAAGUGUCUAUAGAAAUAUAAUUGAAAUGAAUGUACUAGGAAGUGGUAAAAUAUACUGGAAUAAUUAUUCGCUUGAAAGAAAAUUGUUCGAAAUUAAUGAUAAUCUUGUACUUUAUUGGAAUAAGAAAUCUGAACUAUUACAAUUCUUUUAAAAUUCUCCCUACAUUAGUGCAUACUUAAACUGAUAUUAAAUUAAAUUUUCUGCAUUGAAAAAUUUAUUGCUAAAACAGAGCAAAAAUGAAUCUCAUAUAAAUGUUACAUUUUAAAUAAAUAGUUACAUUUUUCAAAGAAUGGUCUUCAUAGGUGUUUCACAAGUCUGUAACCAUUUGUUAAAUAAAUAUCACAUUCUCUGUUACCUUUUGUAUUCACGUCUGUGCAACGAACAAUCUGGAAUUUUUUUUUUCUUUACCUUCCUCAUUUGUAAAAAAAAAUAUGUUUUGUUCAGUAUUUAUUAAAAUAAAGUUUUACAUUGCCGAA